AUGACAGGUGGAGGCCGCCGGGUCCUCCUCAGCAGCUCUCCUCCUCGGCCUCGUGCCCCGCCCCUCCGUGCGCUCCGCAGGCAGACAGCACACGCACCUCACGGAGCGAGCGGAGAAGAUGGCAGAGCGGCAACAACAGAAGCACGAAGGCAGAGUGAAGAUCGGCCAUUACAUCCUGGGCGACACGCUCGGAGUGGGGACGUUCGGGAAAGUGAAGAUUGGAGAGCACCAGUUGACAGGCCAUAAAGUGGCUGUAAAGAUCCUAAACAGACAGAAGAUCCGCAGUCUCGAUGUCGUGGGGAAGAUCAAACGAGAGAUCCAGAAUCUCAAGCUGUUCAGACACCCACACAUCAUCAAGCUGUACCAGGUAAUAAGUACACCCACAGAUUUCUUCAUGGUUAUGGAGUAUGUGUCUGGAGGGGAGCUGUUUGACUACAUCUGCAAACAUGGACGGGUUGAAGACACAGAAGCUCGUCGUCUUUUCCAGCAGAUCAUCUCAGCUGUGGACUACUGCCACAGGCACAUGGUGGUCCACAGAGACCUCAAACCUGAGAACGUCCUGCUGGAUGCCAGCAAGAAUGCCAAGAUUGCAGACUUUGGUCUGUCAAAUAUGAUGUCAGAUGGAGAGUUUUUAAGGACAAGCUGUGGGUCACCCAACUAUGCUGCUCCAGAGGUCAUCUCCGGAAGGCUCUAUGCAGGCCCAGAGGUGGACAUCUGGAGCUGCGGAGUGAUCCUGUACGCCCUGCUCUGUGGCACUCUGCCCUUUGACGAUGACCAUGUUCCCACGCUGUUUAAGAAGAUCAGAGGAGGCGUCUUCUACAUGCCAGAGUACCUGACACGCCCUGUGGCUUCGCUGCUGAUGCUCAUGUUACAGGUUGACCCCCUGAAGAGAGCCACCAUCAAAGACAUCAGGGAACAUGAGUGGUUUAAGCAGGACCUGCCAGGCUACAUGUUCCCUGAAGACCCUUCAUAUGACUCCACAGUCCUGGACGAGGAGGCCGUCAGAGAAGUGUGUGAGAAGUUUGAAUGCACUGAGUCUGAGGUUGUGGCCAGCCUUUACAGCGGAGAUCCACAGGAUCAACUAGCAGUGGCCUAUCACCUCAUCAUAGACAACCGGCGCAUCAUGACCCAGGCCAGCGAGUUCUACUUGGCCUCCAGUCCUCCCCAGAGUUCCUUUAUAGAGGAGGGCAUGCCGUUGCCCCCUGGUGUGAAACCCCACCCAGAGAGGAUGCCUCCGCUCCUGGCUGACAGCCCUAAGUCUCGUUGUCCUCUGGAUGCUCUCAACACUACCCGACCCAAACCUCUGGCAGUCAAGAAGGCCAAGUGGCACCUCGGUAUCAGAAGUCAGAGUAGACCAUAUGAUAUCAUGGCUGAAGUUUACAGGGCUAUGAAACAACUUAACUUUGACUGGAAGGUGGUGAACCCAUAUCAUCUGCGAGUGAGGAGGAAGAAUCCAGUGACGGGCAACCUGGUGAAAAUGAGUCUGCAGCUCUACCAGGUGGACAACAGAUCCUACCUCCUCGACUUCAAGAGCAUAGAUGAUGACAUCAUCGAGGCGGUGGGCUUCAAGUCAGGUUCAUCCACUCCACAGAGGUCGGGCUCCACAGCCGGUCUCCACAGACCCAGACUGAGCAUCGACUCAGCCAGCCCUGCCAUCGAUCUGCCCCAGCUCAGCUCCUCUCUCCCAGGAUCCCUGUCUGGUAGCUCCCCUCUUCUCACCCCACGUCAGGGAUCACACACCAUGGACUUCUUCGAAAUGUGUGCCAGUCUGAUCACCACACUGGCACGCUGAGGCCCGGUGACUCCUAACCUUCCUGUAAUAUGGAUGUCAGUGGGGUUUUAAGCCAUUUGCAGAUGUGGGAUGUAGAGAGUGUAGCUGUGUGUGGUGACUUCCUUUUUCUGUCUCCUCUCAACCUCUGUUCCACUUGUGUUUGACAGAGAGAGAGAGAGAGAGAGAGAGAGAGAGAGAGAGAGAGAGAGAGAGAGAGAGAGAGAGAGAGAGAGAGAAGAAGAAGAAGGAGGAGGCCUUCAGCAGAAAGGCAGAUUAUUAUUAUUUUUUGUUUUAAAACAGUCCUUGGGUCAGAAGGCCAUCAAAGUGAGUGAUGAGAGGUCGUAGUUCACAGCAGUGAUGGCGUCAGCAAAGGUCAAGUUCACUGUCAGUCCUCUUGCAAAUCCCAUAAAUCUAGUAUCAACUGCUGAAAUAUCUUCACCCACCAGGAACUGAUCGGAGGUCAGUUUUGCUUUUGAUAUGGACUCUGGUUAAAAUUGACACUAACUGUGUGUCUGUAAAAAGUUGAUUUCAGUUAAUUUCAGUUUUAUAUUAUAUUUGGUUUUUAAAGAAACAGCUUUUGUUUUCCAUGUAUAUUAUAUUUAUAUUAUAUCAUAUUACGUAGCUGAAAAGGUUGAUAAAAGUAUAUACCAAAAAUUUGACUUUAUACAUCAGAAAGAAGAUUAUAAGUUAGGUAUGAGAAACAUAUUUAUUUUUUAGAGAUUGUUUUUUAGCAACUGUAGUUCUGUUAUUUCAGCACUGCGCUGACAUAGAGGUUUAUACAGAUUUUAGUAGAUUGUGGGUGAAUAAUGAACCUAGAGAGACGGCAGAUUAAUAGAAUGACUAUAUGUUACACGGAACUGACUGUGUGCUGCAUUUGGUGCUGCAGACAGACACACACCAUCUCACACAAGUUUUCACUACCACUGAAUUAUAUUACUAUAGUUAAAUUAUAUCUCUGAAUACCAAUGGACUCUCCUUGCAUUUCAAAGAUUCCUAUCACUCAGAUUCAUUCCCACAUGAUUAUCAUCAUUGCAUACAUUAAAUAAUUGUCACACACAGUCACCUUUACACGAAUUGAGACGAGUUAACCGCCUCUGAGUCCAAACUGUACAUGAGUAAGUACAGAGGUGAUGUUGAUAGAGUGGGCGGAAAAGGUCAUGAUGAUAAAUCCAUGUGAGAUGUGUGUGUCUGCUGCAAGACAGUAUCAAGCCACAGAAACCUUUUCUCCAGUUGCCUUAAAGAACGCAACACAGUGGUUCUUUACAUACGUAUACAGAGAGUGUGUGUAUGAGCCAGUGUGUGUGAUGCAGAUCAGAUGGGUGAGUGUCCCGUCUUCUUACUGACCUGGUGUGUUAGUUUGGAGGACCCUCGCAGUGGGUUGUGAGCUCAGUGGAGCAGGUGGAGUAAAGUGUGAAUCUGAGAACAAAGAGCUGAGAAGCAGAAACACGAUGCUUUGGUGUUCUGACGCUGUUGGAGCUGUUUCCUGUGUGUGUGUUUGUUCGGUUCAGCUGUUGUCGUCUUUUCAGUCUGCACUCAUUUGUCGAGGCCAGCCGUUUGCAUCACAUACUUUGUGCGUUACUGUAUAUGUUGGUUUGUGGUUCUACAUAUUGAUAAACAUCACGGUGUUAUUAAUUUUAUAAAUGUUCUGCAUUUGCCUGUCAGUCAUACCAGAUUAGUGUUGUCUGCUGUUGUUGUCACUGGAUCUUUUCUGACAGAAUGUAAAGUGGAAGCUAGUGCUGCUCACACUUCUCCUCCUCUGUCUGUCAGGGCUGUGCGUUAUCUCAGUGUAGGUCAUUUCAUAUCCAGAUAAUGAAAAAACUACACAACAUUAUCUGUAUAUCUUAUUGAGAAGUUUAUGUAAAGUGGCCACAUGUAAAGGCAUAUUUCUUAUUACAUUACUUUUCGUCUUGGCAUUGUGUACUUUGGGACGAGUGUUGGCACCAACUCACAAAGCUCAUGUGUUUAUUUCUUUGCAAAUGUCAAGCUGCCAGGAGCUGUUCCCUCUUUUCAUCUUUGCCAUAUUAUCUGUGGGUCUAUUGCAACUACUCCCGUGGUGUUUUGAGUGUGUUGUGUGGAACGGGGUGCUGUAUGAUUAGCAAAUUACAGUUUUCUGGUGUGUACUAGACUUCUCUUACCAGAGCCACUUUUAUGAGACAGAAGUAGCCUCCUCUUUUAGAUACAUGUUCCUCCUUUAGUUAUUGGCUUGUCAAAGUCCUUUGUCCUGUUCGGUAUUACCCCGUUGGGUGUCAAGUUCACUCUCUUCCUCCUUUUUGACUUGUCCUCAUGUAAGUGUCCUGCCUACGUCCAUGCUGUGUGGAAGAAAGCAAAUUUUCAUCCACAUGAAAAAAUAUUACCAUGAAGAGCAUCACAACAAAAUGGAUAUUCUGUCACCUCAUGAUAUAUCUUGUCAUGUCGCACAGCCCUGCAGAGUGUGUUCUCUUGGUUGGUGGUGUUUGAUGGAGAGUUCUGGACUCAUGUCUUUCUACUGUUCUCAGUUUAACACAGAGGAGGAAGAGUUAGUAUCGAAUUUACUUUAGACUGGUCAUUAAAAAUAUGAAAGGGAUAUGUAAUGGUGUUGAUAAGUUAGGAAAUAAAUAAAAACAUGAAUAAAUGCAGUACAAUACUAUACGUAAAUGAAGUAAUACAUUUUGAAAUAUUUUAAGAUCCUACUUAACCUCAGCUCACUAUUAUGAAAUGUUAUUUAUCAUUGUUAGUUUCAUAGACUAGUUAAUAUGGAAUAGCAAUGAAAUAACAUUUCAUAAUGAUGGGUUGAGUUUUUUGUUAUUAAAUUAUGUAUAAUAUUAGUGUAUAAUAUUUCAUGUAUAUUUUGUGUAUUUAUUCAUGAUUAUUUAUUUCUUAUUAUUUGCUAGAGGUGAAGUUGAUAUCAGCCAAAGAUCAGUCAACACAUUUAUAUUUUUGCCUUAUGAGAGCAACAUGAAGAUUUUGGGUUGAAACGGUGAAAGUCCCAUUAUGUGUUACACUGCUCAAACCCUUUAUUACAACAUCCUGUGGUUGUGUGUAGAGUUGUCCACUGUGUGGGACAACACACACACCACUGAGUACACUUUGAUGUCAGAGGGAGAAAGAUACAUGCAACUACACGCACAUACAAACAGACACACACAUAAACACACACACACAUACAAGUAAACACUAAUUCAUGUUCUUCUGUUAAACUUCUCUGUUACACUUUAUUACUGUGUCUUAAUGACUUGUCCUGGGCUACUCUGGUCACAUCAGGAUCAUACUGCAUUCACUCCUGAUGAUACUGCUGCUCAUGACAACACUGAUCCAUGAAGUGCAAUAUCCAGGAGAAGCCGUGGUCCGGAUUUAAAAUCUCCUCUGAUGUAACCAGUAUUCACUGUCAGUAAAAAGUACUGCAGUACUGCACCAUUUCAACUGUAUGCAACUAUCAGUGGCAUGUUCGUCAUAUAAACUCUACUGUGUGUCUAGAGCUGCAAACACAUGCCAGAGGACCUAAUCAAAUACACACUGUCUGUGUCGUACCAAAGUGAAGGUUUGUCAGUCUCUGUCUAUCUGUGGUGGGGUUCUUAUUAGUGUAACCUUAAGUACCCCUGUGUGUGUGUGUGUGUGUGUGUGUGUGUGUGUGUGUGUGUGUGUGUGUGUGUGUGUGUGUGUGAGAGAGAGAAUGUGUCUCCCUGUCUGAUUGGGGUUUGGAUUUCUCUUGUUAUGCACUGCAUGAUAUUGCUGUUAUGAUUUGCACUUUAAUGAGUAUUUAUUGAAAAAACAAUAAACAAACAUAAUUUCUUGA